GAACUUAGAGGUAAUCAAUUCAAGAGAACACUAGACACUCAGAAAUUUACUUGAAGAGGAUUGAUACUAGCAGUUGUUCAUAGUGGUUUGAAUAAGACCUGAAAUCAAUCUGGUGAUGAAAACAUUCACAUUGUUGGUGCCUGCGGAUCGUUCUGUAUAUUAUUUUUAAUUUUUCCUACUCUAGGAAGGUUUUGAUUGAUGUCGCUUAACUUUAUAAUCUUCUGUAUCAUAUGACUCAUCAUAUUGCUAUGUAAGGAAGACCCAGGAUCGUUCUUGGAUAUCAAAACACUCAUGAAAAGUCGGCAGUUUAAGAACCAACAAUCACGGAGAUAUUGGAUAAUGGACCCGUAGCGCGGCUUUCAGUUCUGUAAAAGCGUGUGCUUUUUGUUUCUGUGAAUGUUAUGCAGGGGGACACUGAGAUCAGCGUUAAAGGUAAGCUAAGAAUCAUCACACUUCAGUUUAAUGGUCAGAUGACCGCUAUAUUACUUCCAACCGACGUAACCUACUGCAGUCUGAGGUUGUGUCUUUCUUUACACCAGUGGCAGAUAAAUUGAGAUUGAAAGACAGUCAGUCUAUUCAUAGGCCGCGUCUUGAUAUUGUUGAGGAAAAGCCACGGACUAGGACUAUAGUCGUCAGACUAAGCUCUCCGGGGAUGUCAGAAGGCGUACAAACGUUGGAUCACAAAAAUAGUGUGGACGUCAUCACUACAUUUCUACCGAUGGAAACUACGGCCAAGUCAUCAAUGGGCAGUUCUAUCGUUACAAAUGGGUCUGUGCCACACCAAGAGUUAGUACCUAAUAUUCUGCCUAAGGACACAAACACAAAAAGACCUUCAGUACCGUGUGUUUCAUCGAAUACACCGAAUCGAAAGUCACUGUUUACUAAUUUGAUACGCAGACUUUCAACCCCGCGAAACAAAAUAUCGCGCACUAAUAAUUCUUCUGUUCUGUUAACUAAGGGUGAGACAGGUAUGUCACGCAGCGACUCUGGAUCAAGCAAUCCUAGUCCACGAAAGUUACGUAGGUGGUUCACAAAGCGUAUGUGGAAAUCUGCAAAACUGUCUGAUCAACUUCAUGGAACACGUUGUAGCACAAAUUCACAACCUUCAUUAACCAGUGUUGAUCCUGUUUUAGAGACCCAGUAUACACACUCCACAGUUGACGACUUAUCAGAGGAGUUGCAGUUGGUCACCCAGGACAUUGGAUCUGCUCCAGUCCCCCGUAAGCUCAUAUUCGCACCACAUCCAAUGAAAUCCCCCUCACCACAUUCACAAAAUGUUCGCGGUCAAAAUUCUAGUUAUAAAGUCGUAGCUCAAGAUACUGGCGUUGAUUACAACAUCCAUGUUUCCAUGCAAUCUGAACUUAAUAAUAUCAGAAUGGAUACUGAAGUCAAAAACUCCCCAAACUGUUCACCAUCUUCUCUAUUUUGUACCACUGGCAUUCAUUCGCCGGUGACCAGUUCCCCACUACUUUCUGCUGUAACACGUGAAAAUAGUAUACGUUCUGUUGGAAACGAAAUUCAUCAUUUCGGAGUACCAUUUCACCAUGACAUAAAUAACAUUGAGCCAAAUAAUCUUCGUCGAUCAGAAGCGUUAAUUUCACAGUCUUGUGCAAAACUCCCACAAUCUGUAGCGUCUCAGUAUCGCACAUCUCCUUUGGCCGUAUGUAGCUAUACACCCAGUUAUCUCAGCGCAUCAGUGGCAGCGUUCGGUUACAGUAAAUAUUACUCAGCAUCAAAAUCAAUUCAUAAUCUAGUCCAUACGGAAACUUCUCCUUUAGUAAUUCAGCAUGCUGUUGGACAUAAGCUAUCCAUUGCCCGUUCUCAUAGUGGGACAUCAGAUAUUAAACAUGAAGUAGUUACUUCUGCAAUUCCAAGUACAGUGACAAAUACUUUCGGUGAGAAAAAGUCGCGAGUUGUGGGAAGUAUGUGUGGAGAUGUUGGAUCUAUUUUAGAGGAUUCCCAAUCAUCUUGUCGUCGAACUGAGUCUGGUCGUGAUGGCGUUUGGAAUGGUAGCACAGAAAAUGUCAAGUUGAGAAGAAAAAGGACAACUAGUAACACCAAUAACACUGAUGAUCAAGAACAUUGGAAUCGAUCUUCACUCAUUAUGUUGGCAGUUGCUCAUGCUAGUCCUCGUGGUCGUGUUAUAACUCCCACAACUGCACUAAACAAACCUUUCUUUCCAAGCUUUUCAGAUUCCAUCACUGUUUAUAGCGAGGUGAAUAAGAGUAAGGGAGAGCUCAAUACUUCAAUACAACAUAAAACGGAAUUAGUUGAUACACUUAGUAGCAGCGCUGAACUAUCAUUUGAAGGGAAUUCAUCUGUAAUAAUCAAUUCUAUCAAAGACAAGCAGUCACUCAAUACUGAUUAUACAACGUUGUCAAAUCAAUCAGAAAUUAAAGUAGAUGGGAAUUUUUAUCUUCAACAAGUAGAUCAAACAGAGAAAGAAUUAUUAAAUAAAGUUUGUGAAAUUGAAACUGAUCUUAAUAAUGAAGUUGAUUUGAAUGAUGAAGUUUCUGGUCUUUUACGAACUGCUUCUGGCAAAGCGAGACUACUAAUUUCUGAGAAGUUUUGUCAAUUUCGUGCCUUAUGCCAUCAAAACCUUGCCUGGGAGAAUUCAAAAACAGUUGGGGUUGACAACAAUUUCGUAAAUGAGCCUAAUACAUUAAUCACUUUGGUUAGUGAUUUGGAUGGUUUCUGGGCUAUGGUAUCACUUCAAGUAGAUGACAUUCGUGGUUUAUUCAAACAAGUGGAUUCUUUACGGGCUAACAAUUGGCAACCGGUUGAUAACGCACUAUCUGCUACGCAAAAUAUCUCAGUAGGUGACUCCAGUUCACCAGAGAAACGAAAGUUAAAUCGUAAAGUUACUAAAUCCACUGUAGCUAAACAAAACAAUAUGAUUGCUAGACAACAGGCUCGUGAACGUCUUGAACUCGCCAAACGUAAUAUGCAGUUAAAGAAUUUGAAUAAUUCACAUGAUGAUAAGUCAACAUUAAGUAUCACUGAAAAUAAGCUUAUAUUUGUAUAGAAUUUUUAUAAGAUGUAUAUCCUUUACUUCAAUAUUUGUAAACUAAUUUUUUUCUAAAGAAAUACGGCAACAAUUAAAAUGAAAUUGAUGUUAUUUUACUGCAAUAUAAGUUACGGAUUUCGUUGUAUUGUUUAACGUAUUAUGGUUUUCUUUUUCGAGUGUUAUCUCCCGCUUUUUUUUCAACGAAUCCCUCUAUAUAUAUACUUUACAUGUAUUUAUGUUCUUUUCAUUUCCCUAGUUCCCUUAUUUAUUUAUGUUAAAGAUAUGAAUUAAAUAAUCAGUAGUGAAACAAACUUGUUAAUUAAACAAACAAAUUUACUUGCUAUUCACCUAUAUAUUCUAGAAGCAGCUUUAUAUCUUUUCCUAUCCUGUCAUGUUCGUUAUAUGAGAUUGCCCUUCAUUAUUUUUCAUUGUUCUAAUUGUUGAACAUGAUUUGUUUCAUGCAAUUGUUCAUUGUAUAUUCAAAGUUUGUUUUACAAAAUAAUCUUGCCAGUUUUCACCACUUAUUGAUUACUUCCAGAUGGAACAAGAACAAAUAAUAAACAUUUAAGCAUUUCAACACUGUUGUAUUCAGGAUCUGUUUUUUUAUACUAAGCGAAACUUUUUUUCAUAUUUUAUACGUUUUUUUUAAUUAUCCCUAUGUUUGAUAAAUAGGUGUGUAUAAAGAAUAUUAUUAGUGUUAUUAUUACU